UAUAACCUUGUAAAGACAGGAGACGAACAUAAAAAACGGAGGGACAAUCAAACCUAGGAGAAGUCAGUUGUUGCAAACCAGGCUCCGAGCAUGAAAGAAGAUUACGAGAUUGAAGAGAAAAAGCAAGCUGCUGCUGAUGUACUAUUUCAAUAUUCAAAAUUUGCAAUGGCAUGCAUUGGAAACCAAGUCCGUCCUUGUGACCUGAGACUGCAUUUGAUGAAGGAAAUAUCAGGGCUGCCAACUUCUCUGAAGAGAGCUCCAUCCCAAGCUGCUGCUUCUCCUGAUGCAAUGGGUGAGUCAUCAAGCUCAGGUACAGCAAGAAUUGAUAAACCAGGCAGUUUACAGGCGAUUCUGCUAUAACUUGAAGCAGCAUUGUGAAUGCUUGAUAUUCUGGAUGCCUUUUUCAGUUCCAACCUGUAUGUAAACAGUGUACUUAUUGUACUAGAUGCUUAAAGCGAUGUAAGAUGUUCUGAAGAUGUUACAGGAAAGUUUGUUUGAUAUGGGGUAUUGUGCACCAUGACUUCUUAUUUAUUAAUUCGAGUUGGCAAUUUCCCUUCCAAAGGUUC